AUGGUGCCCUCGGUGGUGUUCUGGGGACUUAUUGCUCUCAUUGGCACUGCCAGGGGCUCAUACACUCACUCCAUGAAUCUUCAUGUGUACUCUCAUCUGUACCAUGGCUGUUAUGGAGACAUCAUGACCAUGGAGACUUUUGGGGCCCCCUGCGACAUAAACAAUCUGAUGAACUGUGGGAUCCACGGUUCAGAAAUGUUUGCCGAGAUGGACUUGAAAGCCAUAAAGCCUUACCGGACUAUUAUCAAAGAAGUGGGACAGAGACACUGCGUUGACCCAGCCCUCAUCGCGGCCAUCAUCUCCAGGGAAAGCCACGGCGGGGCUGCCCUGCAAAAUGGCUGGGACCAUAAGGGGCAGAGGUUUGGCUUGAUGCAGCUUGAUAAAAAUAUAUACCAUCCUAUUGGUUCCUGGGACAGCAAGGAACACCUUCUACAGUCUGUUGGGAUUCUGACAGAAAGAAUUAAGGCUCUGAAGAGGAAAUUUCCCACCUGGGAUGCAGCUCAGCACCUGAAAGGUGGUCUGACUGCUUUCAAGUCGGGGAUAGAAACUAUUGUCACUCCUGCAGACAUAGAAGGUGACUUAGUGGAUGAUGUCCUUGCCCGGGCCAAAUUCUAUAAAAGGCAUGGCUUCUAG